AUGGGGAAAAUAGAGACAACCCCGCAAGCAAAUCUUGAUCAUCAGCAACCCCCGUCAUCGGACGACCCAAAUGCAGCCCCAUCUUUACCACCUGUACCUCAUUCCCACACAACCACCUCCUCCCCGGCUCAUGAUGAUCAUCAACAACCACAACACAUGGAGCAAGAACCCCCACAACCCCCCACUGCCGACCCUCACACGAAUGAUCAUCACGUGCCUCACGUGAAACCUCCAUCCGAAGGCGAACACAUAGACAAAACCACUGCUGUGGCCUUCCCACCGCAGCCCAGUGACAGCCACGCGCCACCCUCAAGCAACCAGCCAGUGCAGGUGGCACCAGAAACUGCAAGCGUGAGGAGGCAGCAGCCAAAGUCGGAGAAUGGGAUAGACUCAAUCCCAGCAGUGGCGUUCCCGCCCCAGCCUAGAAUGCAAGCGGUUGAGCCGCCUCGUCCUAACAACCAGCUUGUGCUGUAUGGCGUCCCCAUGCCGGAGGCUAAUAACAUGGAGGGCGCUGGAGGUGGUGGAGCUAGUGCUCUCGUGCCGGUGACACCAGCAAGGCAGGAGUCUGGAAAGGCACAUCUGGUUCUUAUUCAGUCUGUUGGCAACCCCUGGAGCAGUGGCCUCUUUGACUGCUACAAGCACCCUAUCAAUGCAAUAAUAACAACCGUAGCACCAUGCGUGACCUUCGGCCAAAUCGCUGAGAUAGUGGACAAUGGCAGUACGAGUUGUUUGACUGGGGCAAUGCUUUAUUUCUUCUUGUUCUUGGUAAUAUGCCAUUGGAAUGUUGGAGUUCGGUAUAGACGAAGAGUAAGAAAUGCUUAUGAACUUGCCGAGACGCCAGUAACUGACCGCCUUGCACAUGUCUUGUUCCCGUUGUGUGCCUUGUGCCAGGAGUUCAGAGAGCUUAAAAAUCAAGGCUAUGAUCCAUUUCUAGGAUACAAUGGGGUGGUUGCCAAAAUUCAAGAGCAGAUGCAGCAACAGUCGAAUAAUGCCAUUCCUCCAACAAGUCAAAUGAUGAUGAGAUGA